GCGCGCCGCGGAGUGGUUCACACUUCAGCGUGGUCGGGCAGGAGACAGGGAAGAUGCGCCUGUUGGUCACGGUGCAGGCGGCUUCAGAUGUUGUGGCAGCGGUUCUUCGGCGCCACCUGCUGCGUGCUUUCGAGGCUACCGCUGAUGCCGCACGAGGAUGGGCCACCGUAGAUAGGGGCCACAAAGUCAGCAACGGCAUCGUGAAGGCCACCUUCUGGUGCUCCCUGGCUGCUGGCGCGCCUGCCGAUCCGCCGGACCACGAGGCUGACGGCGGAGGCGAUGAUCAGGAUGACGGAGGCGGGCCCCCUGCGGGUCGUGCGGUCGAUGCUGAUCGUCGGAUGGUUCCGGCUUGCGGCAGGGCCCAGGCGGAGAGCUCAGGGCUCCGACCCAUGGCAGCAGGGUCGGAGCGCUCCCGCCACCGCCGCCGGAGAUGCGCAGCCUCAUGGGCGCUGUGCUCCUGGCGAUGA